GUCGUGAGUGUCGGUCGGCAAAGUUGUUCCGGGACCCAUCGCGCUAGGCCAUCAUGGGGAUUCCGCGCUUCUACCGAUGGAUAAGCGAGCGCUACCCGCAGAUCAACCAGCAGAUCAGCGAUGUGUCGUUGCUGCCGGAGUUUGACAACCUGUACUUGGACUUGAACGGCAUUGUGCAUCAAUGCACCCACCCGAUCGACCAGGAAGUGAGCGAAGAGAUGGGCGAGGCGCACUACAUCCCGGCCAUCUUUGCGUACAUCGACCGGAUUGUGACGCAAAUCGUGAAGCCAAAGAAGCUCUUGUUCCUGGCCGUGGAUGGCGUCGCGCCUCGAGCCAAGCUGAACCAGCAACGGAGUCGUCGGUUUCGUGCGGGCAAGGACUUGUACGAAAAGCGGCUGAAGGAAGCGAACGACGGGGACGAGUCGCCGAGAGCCCUGUUCGACUCGAACUGCAUCACCCCCGGGACAGAGUUCAUGUAUCGUUUGUCGAGCCACCUGCAGUACUUCAUUCGGAAAAAGCUCAAGGACGACCCGUCGUGGCGCAACUUGACCGUGAUCUUCUCCGGCCAGGAAGUGCCCGGCGAAGGCGAACACAAGAUCGUCGAGUACAUCCGCCGCACCAAGAUGCAGCCAGGGUACCCCCCCAACGUCCGCCAUUGCAUGUACGGGUCGGACGCGGACUUGAUGCUCCUCGGUGUCAUGACGCACGAGCCGCACUUCACGCUCGUCCGUGAAGUGGUCCAAUUUGGCAGCGGGUCGCGGAAGCCAGACAACUCGGCCAAGAAGAUCGUGGCGCGCCAGACCAAGGAGCAGCAGUGGCAGUUGGUGCACUUGAGUCUCUUUCGGCAGUACUUGAGCAUCGAGUUGCAUGUCCCGGUCGACUGGUUUGAUGCCGAACGCGCGCUCGACGACUUUAUCUUUCUCACGUUUUUGCUCGGCAACGAUUUCAUUCCGCACAGUCCGACACUCGACAUCUCGGAGGACGCGAUCGCACUCAUGCUGACGGUGUACCGGGACCUGCUUCCCCAGUGGGGGGAUUUUCUCACAGACAGCGGCGUGCUGCGCCAUCCCGAGCACCUCGAAACGCUGUGCCGCGCCAUCGGCGACAUGGAAGAAGCCAUCUUGACCAAGCGCGUCGACGACGAAAAAAAGUUUCGCGAUCGCAAGCGGUAUGGCAACGGGUACGGCCGCAGCGGGUCGUCACCGACUCAUCCACACGAGCAAGAACUCGACGAUGACGACGACGAAUUCGAUCGCAAUUUGGUCGCCGCAAUGGCUGCGGCGGACGCGCCAGCGCUAGACGAUGCCGUCGUCGUCCUCAGCGGCAGCCCCGCGUUCCAAGCCACGAAAUGGGCAUACUACGCUGCCAAGUUUGGAGUGCGCGACACCAUGCCCGACCUCCUCAUGGACAUCAAAGUAGCGUACGUGGAAGCGCUCGUGUGGUGCGCGGGGUAUUAUUUUCAAGGCGUGCCGUCGUGGAGUUGGUUCUACCCGUUCCAUUACUCGCCGAUGCUGUCGGACUUGACUGACAUCGCUGCGAUCGUGCGACGGAUUGAAUUUGACAUGGGCGCGCCAUUCCUGCCGUUCCAGCAACUUUUGUCGACGCUGCCGCCGACCAGUGCGUCGCUCGUGCCGCCGGCCUACCAGCACCUCAUGGUCGACCCGACCUCGCCGAUCGCGCACUUUUACCCGAUCCAAUUCGACAUUGACAUGAACGGCAAACGGAACGAGUGGGAAGGCGUCAACUUGCUGCCGUUCAUCGAUGCGAGCCUGCUUGUCGACGCGAUCGCGGCGCACUGCCCAGACGCGCAUUUGACCGACCUCGAACGGGUGCGAAACCAAGCGGGGUCCGCGUACAUGUUUUCGUACGACGUGGGCGCGAUGGACACGGUGCAUUCGACGCUGCCGGGGGUGCUGGACGACAUUCCGUUGUCUCAUUCACGGAUGGACGUGUACACGCUGCCGCCACGGACCAACUUUCGCUGCACCCUCACGGACGGCGUCGAGAUGCCGCUGGCGGGCUUUCCGUCGCUGUAUUCGGUGCCCGUCGUCGAGUCGGCGCUGCGCGAUGUCGGCGUCAAUUGCUUUGGCAUGAGCUCCAAGAAGAAAACGCUCGUGCUGCGUGUGGCGCCGCGGGAUGCGUUGACGCUAGACCAAGCCAAGCCGCUUCUCGGCACCACCGUGUUUGUGAAUUAUCCAAACUUGCACGAAGCGCGGGUCGUCGGUGUGAGCACGGUCCACGGGAUGUGCCAGCUCUCUUUCCCCGACGGCGCUAUCACCGUCGACGAGCACCCCCCCGCCAAGCAAAUCGAGUGGACCAAGCACGCCAUCGACGAAAGCUGUCGCUAUUUGAAUGGCCGAGGGAUGCCAGGCACGGGCGGCGUCAUGAUUGGGGACGUGACGUGCUUUUUGCACGUGCAAGUGUUGCAGGGCAUGGUCGUUGACGAGUCGACCGGCGCGACGCGCAAGAAAUUUGGCCAUGUCCAGGUCAAGAUUCCGUACCAAUUGGCAGUGCUCGACCACCACCUCGUGGACGUCCGCUUCCAGGAGACCGCGGCGCUCGCGACGCCCGAGAGAUUUCCGAUUCACGCGGCCGUCGUGCUGCUCCACGGCCCGUCCAGAGGGUUGACCGGCGUCGUCGUUGGUCACCAUGAAGACACGGUCACUGUCAAAGUCCCGAACGCGGCUCCCGAGCCCCCGUUUGGUUACGCCAUAGCUCACGCCAUCUCGGACAAGUACUACUCGAGCUAUGUGAUCGGCCAGAAGCUCGGGAUUUCACCAGGCACACUCGGUCGCAUUACGGGCUCGCUGCUGGUAAACCCUGGGCGGUACGACAUCGGGCUCAACAUGAAGUACAAGAAGGAGCUGACUCUGGCGGGGUACUGCCGCUACCAGUCCAAGGCGCCUGCGGCGGACGAGGUUGCCGCAUGGACGACCGGGGACAGCGUAUCGAUUGUCGGGAGCGACGCCGCUGGCGACGGCCAUGAGCACGACGGGGUGUGGGAGUACAGCGACAAGGCGUUUUACACGAUCCUGGCGUACCAGCGCAAGUUUCCUCGAGUGUUUUCGGCGCUGGACAAGCUUCCGUACGCGCCCGUGUACGAUGGCACGACGUUCUUGGGGGUGCCGCUGGCGGCCGUGAAGAGCGUCCUCGAAAGCAUCAAGACGUGGCUCACCCAGCUCGACAUUGCCCCGCUGCCGCUGAUCCCGAUCUCGUCCGAGACGGUGCCCCGCGCCGCGAUCAAGGCCAUUGAAAAGGCCAGCGACACGCUGGCUCACCACGUUUUCGACCACGUGGUGGUGGAGGUCGAGCCGACGGCGCUGUUUCGACGCGUCGAGUCCAACUACGACCUGUCGUCGUCGGCGUUUGUGCACGGCGUGCCGCGACUCGGCGACCGCGUCGUCAACUUGAGCGCCCGCGGCGUUCCGUUUGGCUUGCGCGGGACAGUCGUCGCCACGCAUCAAGCGACGGCGUGUGUCGAAGUGGUGUUCGACACCAAGUUUAGCGGCGGCACGUCGCUCAGCGGAAGCUGCUCUCCGUAUCGAGGCAAGCUCGUGCAGUGGGCGACGCUUUUGGUUGUGUCGACCCCUCCCGAGAAAACCACCCACACGCACCAACGCACCCCGACAAAGCAAGCCCCGGCUCCGACACAAGCCCCGGUGCCGCAAAUCCAGGUCGAGACGACGGUCCCCCAGACGGCGCCGCCGCCUCGACCAGCUGCAUCGCGUGUGCCAAACGUGGUGGCUCCACCGCCACCGUCCACCGACAAGAUGCAUUUGCUCCUCUCCAAAUGGACCCAACAAACCAAGCCGACAUCUUUCCACCAAGACCUGAAUACCCCGGCCAACUCGAUGGCGCAGUACUUUACAACGUUGCAAACUCGAUCAUCGCGCGCUCCGUUUUCAGGUGGACCGUCCCCGCUUCCGGCCGGUGCUCCAUCCCAAUUGUACAGUCAACCCCCCCUUCCUCCUGCCGACCGCCCAGCGCGGCAGCCAGCCGCGCCGACUGCCGCUCCUGUUAAAACCUCGAGCGGACUGCUGCGUCCUGCUCAAGUUCUGCAAGCCAAGCGUAGCAACGGCCCUCGGUCGUAGAAACACGCCGUCCAUUGUGUCAGUAGCAUGACCCAAAGAUAAUACACAUGGGAGCGAUCGAUGCGAUUUGCAAACCACACACGCAGACCAGUGCAAAUAUCGCGCUAGAGAUCGUGGAGGAAUUUGCCGAUUUCAAACGAGAUUUGCAUGGCCGUCGGUCGGUUCGUCGGGUCCAAGUCGAGGCACCGCAUCGCGAGGUCAAACACCCACCGCGGACACUCUGGCGUAAACGUUGGCUUGAUUGAGCCGUU